CGACCAUAUUCAUUGCAGAAGCGACAACUCGACAUUGACACUUCAAUCCAAUUGAACGCACUUAACAUUAAUUGAACGUCCUUAGUUUAAGCAAGUCCAAUAAAAUGGCCUUUUGCCCCAAAUUACCCCAUUUUAUAGUCCUAACAGCUUUAUUCUUACUGGCUGUCCCAUCGCAUCAACAAGGCCUUCCUACCUGCGGUCGAUCAACACUCUCCAAGAUUGUGGGAGGGAGUGAGUCUGCUCCUAACGAAUUCCCGUGGAUGGUUCACCUUCAGCUCAUAUUCUGGAGUGGAGAUGCGGCUACGUGUGGAGGCACCCUUAUCAGCAAAGAUUGGGUCUUAACGGCAGCUCACUGUCUGUAUGGAGCUGUUAGCGCUAUUCUCACUCUGGGAGCACACGAUAUCACCAGUAGCUCUUCUUCUUUGUCCUUCAACGUGUCUUCUCGGUCAUUCGUGACUCAUCCAAAUUUCAUUUAUGGAGUUGUCGAGAAUGACAUUGCCUUGAUUCAACUUCCAUCCUCUGUCUCUCCAUCUGCUAACAUUCAAGCCGCGUGCCUUCCGUUCGCCAAUGAUCCCGACCAAGUGAAUGAUGCCGUCGUCAUCACAGGAUGGGGCAACUUCUCCAAUGCCGCGGGCAGUGGGCUAAGUCCUAUUCUGCGUAAAAUGGACUCGCAUGUUAUUUCAUCAUUGGGAACGAACGGUAAAUGCCAACAGUCAGCCGGUCUAGGCUCAUUCUCUGGCGAAAAAAUAAUUUGCAGCGACGGGUCCCUACAGCGCCAUUACUGCUACGGUGACGACGGAGGGCCAAUGAAUUUCUACAAUCAAGAAUGGGAUAGGUGGUUCGUUAUUGGUGUAGCCGGAACAGGCGAUGCUUCAAUCCACUGCCAGAAUACCAACAAGCCCAAUGUAUUCAAUCGUGUCAGAGGUUAUCUUGAUUGGAUCGAAGGUGUUACCAGUUUAAAGCCAAUCACGACGACCAGUACAACCACAACAACAACCACGACCACGACAAGACCCCCGACAACAAUGGAUCCGUCUUAUUUCGAUUGCACGAACAAACCGGACGGCAACUACCCGAAUCCCGCAUCAGACUGUUCCACUACCUUCUACAUGUGCUCCAACGGCAUUUCUUUCCUCUUCACAUGCGCGCAAGCGGGCACAGUUUACAGACCUGAGAUCUAUGCCUGCGACUGGCCCCCAAGUGUUGCGGGAUGCCAAUAAAUUUGGAUUUCAUGCACAAGUGAAAUCACGAUAGGACAGUACCAUGCCCUUUUCACUUUUUCCUUCUAGCGACAAUACAAGGAUGAAAGGUUUUGGAUCCGAAAAGUGUCAAUCAAACUUCUUACCAUAUAACUACUUUUGCUACUUGACAAUAAUUGAUCACUAAUGUAAUUUAUGAUUUUUAAUCAUUAGAAAUUGAAAAAUUGAUUUCAAAAUUUUAUUUUUAUUUUUCCAAGACAUUACAUUUUAUCGGCUAUAAAAACAUUCGAGUAAUUUCUGAACCUUAUUAGUGGCAAUAAACGCUUUCUACCAUGAAA